AUGGCCAUACUUCAGCGCAUUACCGGGUUUGCCGGAAAGUUCUUCCUCUUAUUACAAUUAUGGGCCCUUGUCUGCCUAUCCGAUACGCCCGCGGAUUUCUGUUCGAGCAUCAAUACCGCAUCUACCAAUGCUAACCUAAGCAUCUUCCAAAGUCAUGGCCUCUGUGGCGACUUCUGCCGAGGCGAUUAUGCCUACGCGGUAUUGAACUACCAGUCAUGCUGGUGCUCCGAUUACACUCCCAGUGAUUCCACACUCGUCGGUAACGAUAAAUGCAAUACCGGCUGUCCUGGCUACUCGGAGUUGUGUGGUGGUGAAGGAGUCUACGGCUACCUUGAACUUGGAAAGAAUCCCAAGGGAACCAAGGGCAGUAGUAGUGACGGAUCAUCUGUUUCGACAGUGAGUACGCCCGAUGGCAUCCGCACCGUUACCGUCAUACCCACCGCUGGUGACGGGUCACAGGGCGCUGGCAAUGAACCCGUAAAAGAGAAGGGCCCGAGCUCGGGAAAGAUUGCCGGAAUAGUUAUUGGCGUCGUGUUAGGCAUCGCAGCACUGGUGGCCAUCGGAUGGUUCAUCAUCAGACGACGGCGUGCCAACGAGCAGGGAGGCGGCACAUUCGAAAAUCGAAGCUCCCACUCCUCAGCCUUCGCUGGCUGGGGCUCCGAUGCGAGAGAGAAGGAUCCACCGUCGGCUUCGAGCGGAAUUAUGGCUGGUGGUGCCGCAGGCGAUCGAAAUAGCCGACUAAUGCCAGUGGAUCCCCGAAUGGAUCCUUUCACCUCUGCCCGAACCAAGAGCCGAGAAAGCGUUAAUACUCUGCACGAUGAUCAAGACUACUCUCGCCGGGUACAUCAACCACGAGUCCUCCGGGCCAUGAACCCGGAUCCUGUCGAAGAAUGA